GUUCAGGGGUCAAAGUGAAGGAAAACGCGUGUCGCUGCUACGCGAUUGUAGCGGAAAUAGAAACAUGCAGCAAAGUUUUUCCUAAGUUUCGCGCCCACCCUUUUUUAAAGUCAUCCUCAUCCCAAACAUGAACUCAAAUAUUACAGACGCCUCGCAGGACGAGCUGAUCAAGUUAAUAUAUCACCAUUUAAAGGACAGCGGCUACAAGAAAGCAGCCAACGUGCUGAGAAAGCACGCGCCCCAGGUUGAAACUGAAGAAGUGAAAGCAUCCUUAAGCGAGAUCUUUAAGAAGUGGGCAAGCUCAGAUGAUGGAGAUGUAGUUGGUCCAAAAAAGUCUGUGAGCAGCAAGACGACUUCAGGAUUGGCCAAAAAAUCAACGAAACAGAAGAAAAAAGAAACCGUGACAAAACCAAGGGAAAGAAAAAAGUCGGUGCCUCCUUUGGCAGGGCACGAUUCUGAUUCAGACUCGAGUUUAGAUGUGGAGAAGUGGAGGAAAAUGGUUUCUCAGUUAUCAGAUGCUGAUCGAGUGAAGAUGGAUGUUCUCUCGAUCUUGGAAGAAUCUCCGGUCUCAUCUGCAAAGUCUUCAGCAAAGGGAAGGACGACAAAGAAGCCGGCAAGAGCUAAAAAAGAGGCAAACCCAGCCAAGAAGGGAAAGAGCAGUACACCAGCAAAGAAAUCGACUUCCAAACCUGACGACAUUCCCGUAACAACUGACACAGCUGAGACUCCUUCAAAAAAGUCAAAAGACAAAGAUUCUGUAGCUAUUUCUGAAUCUCAUGAAGUUAAGACACCAUCCAAAAAGGGUGGGAAUAAGACAAAUAGUAGUAUCUCAGGUCUUGAUGUGGUUAAGACCCCUAAAAGAACAAAGGCUAAAGCCACAAACUCGUAUGAUAAACCAGAAGCACACCAUGAAAUGAAUGGACUCUUAGAAACUAGCAAAAUAGCCUCUCCGUUGACCAGGACUAAAGAGCUUGGUGUAACAGAUUCAGAAGCCAAUACGACUCCUAAAAGAGUUCACUUUAUAAAAGAUAAUAGUUUUUCAGAGCAAGCUGAGACCAGUGUUUGGAAAGAUAUUGGUACCUCAGAAACAAGCAGCAUUGAAAAUCCGUCUAAAAAGGCUAAAAAGAAGAAAAGCCAAUCUGAAACCAGUAAUGUUGAAACUGACAAUAGUACCUUAAAUAUGAAAGCUGCUAGCAAGCUGCUAGAAACUGACGCUACGAUGGACGCUACCUCUGACCAAUCAGAGACGCCAUCAAAAAAAGUGAAAAACAAGAAGCCCGUUCCUGAUGAGACUCCUUCAAAGAAGGUUAAAGCUAAGAAAACGCAAGGCCCUCUUGAGAUUGACCAAGAAAUGACAUCUGAGAAACCAGAUGCUUCUCUAGAAUUCUCUUCAUCUAAAAAAAACAAACUUAAGGCAAGUAAAAGCCAUUCAGAAACAGUUGAGCCUGAAACACCAUCAAAAAAAGCUAAAGCCAAGAAAGUUAAAAGCACCGAAGAACCUGCCGAGGAGGAAACGACCGGUAAGAAACCCAAAACAGCUGCAUCGGAUGCUGAUCUCCCGCGUUCUGACUCCACAAACAGCUCUUCGACGAAAAGAAGAAGCAAGGCUGCUGAUGUUGUGGAGCUCCAGAAUGAUGCUCCUUCAGAAACGCUCUUAAAAAGCAGUAAAUCUCAAGCGAAGACUGUAGAUGGUGAUGGUUUGGGAAAUGAGGAAACCUGUAGUCACGCUCUAAAAACACCUUCUAAAAAAAGAAAACACAAAAGGGAAGAAGUGUGUGAUGUCCCAGCACCGGAGGAGGCCACGCCUGAGCCCAAGAAGCCCAAGAAAGACAAAGAGAAGAAGAAAAGCAAGGAGAGUGAAAACACAGAUGCUCUUCAACCACCAGAAGAAGAAGAAGCCUCCGUUCCUGUAGAAACGAGUCAGAAGAAAAAGAAGAAGAAGAAAAAGAAGGAGAGAGAGGAAGAAACCGAGGAGAUGAUCCCUGAUGAUCCUCCUGUAUCUGCUCCAGAUGAGGAGGAGGUUGUGCACAGAAAGAAAAAGAAGUCUUCAAAAGAGAAACGGCUCAGUAGUGAUGAAACUCAUGGACUCGACAGCACAGAACAACAGACUUCAGUUCACAAUCUCGGCUGAAAUCAGUAUUUAACCUGAAUGCAUGCUCCGUCCUUAUUGUAUGGAUCAUGUUUGUUCAUAUGUAUGUAAGUCAG